CGAAACAGCAAGGGUACAUGCACGACUCGCGUAGUCAGUCUCGCGCCGAGCGUCUUGUAGUGCGCAUUGUCGAACUUUAAUAUCGUCCGCGCUUCGAACCAGUGAAUUUGAAAACUUCCGCCAACUACGAAACCAACUACGAUACUAACGUGUGCACAUGACAGACGACCAGUGACGGUUCUUGCGUGGAGCAGACGAAAGUCAACAGAUCGUUAAUUCGUUUGCAUCCAACAAGCACAGACGUUUCGAAGAUCGGGAGCGGAAGAACAUUAGGAGGAGAGACAACGUAAAUGGCGAGAGAACGCGUCGCCAUGGGUACCGUGUGUUGUGGCUCGCGGGUGUAGUGCGAACCCCGUAAUCGAAGGGAAGAGACAAAACUGAGGGACAGAGAUCACGUGAUAGAGGAAGAAAGGCGAAAGAGUGAAAGGCACGGGAGAAAAAGAAGGAAGAUAUAGAACGCGUGGACAAGCGUGACCGGCCAAGACUUCGAAAGGCUACUCUCUCGUGGCCGUCACGUCGAGGAGAGGGCAGCGAGAGCCGGGCAGAGAAAGAGGGAGAAUAAUGCGGACUCGUUGCUUCCGCCUUCAUCAGCAGCACGUUCAGAUCUGCUCGUAUGUCCUUAUUGUCGGUCGUCGUGGCAUGGCUGAAUUCACGAAUUCUUAAUUAGUAACAAUCUCGUGCGUGGGAGGACAGAUACGGGUCGGCGAGGGCAAAGAAACUGGAUUGUUCGUGUAUAGUACACGUCCACGUGUGUGCCGCUUCAUUCACGUACGAUUCCGCGAGGAGGUCUAACGAACGGUGGAGAUGACUGGAAGAAGAAGAGUGCCACUCGUGUUAAGAGUAUGCACAGGUGUUUUCGUGCUGCUCUUCAGCACGGUCGCCGUGGACGCGACGAAAGACCCAUCGUCGAGUUCGGAGAAGCUGCUCACCCCCGACGUAUCGGAAACAUCGAUAUUCGAACAGAACAAGACGAUCUUAAACAAAAUACCAUCGAGAGACGAGUCGGAGUUUCCCUUAGCAGAGUCGAAAAACGAAGCCGUCGGACCGUACAACUCGACUAAAAGAGGUUUCGAAACGGUAGACGAUAAGCUCGUAAAAGAUGCCAAAACGGUGGACAAGGAGAAAGUGCCAAUGCCGAUCGACGAGGAUACCGAGUUGCAAGGAAUCAGGUCGCGCGAUCAAGUCGACAGAUUAUCGACCGUAGAUUCAGCCAACAGCGGAUCCAAGCUCGAGGAAAUCGUCUAUGGAACUUCUGGGAAGAGUUCUAGCACGAAAACGAUAUCCGCGGACGCUUACAGGCUAUCCGGAACCAACGGUUUGACCACGGUAACCGCGAAACCGGCGCUGGAGGAAUCAAAAGUCGACGAGACGAAGAACAAAACCGGGUUCGUCGAACGCUCCAACGAUACCUCGAGGCAGGAACCAAGAGAAGCUAAGAAAUCGUCGGAAGAUGGCUUGGAGGUGAAAGAGGAACGCGCGACAGACACGAAGGAAGAAGCGGCGAGUUCCUCGAAAGAGGCGAGCACGGAUUCCGGGUUAAAAUCAGAAACGUUUAACCCUGAGAACGAGUCAGCUCCGGAAAAAGUUCGUUUCCUCGGAGAGUUUCAGCAAAGGAAGAAAAAGGCGGAGGGUCCGGUGAAGAACUCGGAAGUUCCGGACUUAAAGGAGGCCGACGAGAGAAAAGAGGAGGACGUGUCCGUCUCGUUGAUCAAUGACACGUACGUCAACUACAGCCACCGUUCGAAAAUCUCGACGGAGAAGAGCGUGGAGACCGACUCGGCUGACAAAUGGACGCCUCUCGAAAACGCGACAAAUUUUAUCACCGAGGAGAUUCCGGUGACUCACGAGUCGCGCCAUCCGAAGGAGGAGGUGGAGGUCGUCGGGAACGUGACUCAGCCCGUGAUCCAGCGGUUUAUCGAUCGACAGUCCCAAAACUCGACGUCAAAGGACGCUGGCCUUGCCAACGAAUUAAAUCGCACGUCGAAUCGGGACAAGGACUUUUUGCGCGAUUCUGCGAACGCUAACGAGACCAGUCACGAGAAACAGCAGGAAAUAGAGGAAAAAAAUGAGGAGAAAUUGGCGCGGCUUACCACCGAAAGGACGAGCGAAGAAUCUUCCACGAUUCAAGGAAUUUCCAGUCCGGUUCCCAGAGGAAGAACUAUAGCGUUCGAGUCUGCAAGCUCGAAGAGAACGAUCGUCGCGAAGAAGAACGCCACAGACAGAUUCGCGGACCAGAAACCCUAUCCUUACACGAAAUUGCCUAAGGAGUCGCCAGUUCGUAACGCCAGUAACCAGCUGGACGUCACCACGGAAGAAGCUUCUGCUUUGGAGAACACGAUCGGCAAGGGACAGUCGGAAGAAAAGUUCGUCGUAACCGAAGGUUCGGACGUGUUGGAGAAUAGCAUCCAGCAGUUUAAGCCGACCUAUUACGAGAAAGUAAGCAACGAAUCAUCGACUAUCUCGAGCACCGAGGUACGCCCGUCCGUUCAAAUAACGACCGCGCCUUUGCUUAGAUUAGAGGAAACUAGACCGACGAAUCAGACCGUGGUCGAGAAAUCAAGCGAACAGAAGGGCAUCGACGAGAGCGGAGAAAAAUCGACGAGCGCGGGAAAUGACGUUUCUCGGUGGGCUGAGAGCCGCGAGACCUCUGGGAUGGGGAACGUCGAUGUGACUGGAAACGGGAUAACGGAAGUCAGCGCGAAGCCCGAGAGUGGCGAUAAACGAACCUACGAGGCCUCCUUGCAGGAGAUUACGGUUCGGACAACGCCCACACCUUUAACAACGGAACCCGUCGAACCGCAAACGGACCUCGGAAUGCUCUCGAACGCGGACGUGCAGACGAACGUAGCUGGUUCUCUGCUGAUACGAUCAACGCUCAACGCCACCGAGCUCUCCACCGAGUAUCCACUGAUCAAAGGGAAUUUUUCCGACGAGAAGUUGCCGAUAUUCCCCACUACACCCACGGACACGAGCACCGUCAAAGUAGCAACGGACAGUGCCACCGUCUUGCCCACGACCACCAUCGAAGAAACCUCCGUAGGGAACGUCACCGAACCACCAACUGUCUCGGACGCUAACGGAACCAACGAAAUCCCUUCCGGUGUAAGUGGCACUCUCAGCCCCGAGGAAACUUUCGUACCUACCACUACCAACGUCGAGUUCGAGUUCGUUGGCCUGUCCGAUUCGACCACUUUUCCCUGGCGGAACGCUACCGAGGAACCACCCAAGGGACGCGAUUUGCCAAACGAAACUUCCGUCGUGCCUACGGUUAAGGAUUUACUCGCAAAAAAUACGCCCAACGAAGGCACCACGACAGCGAGCAACGAAUCGACCACGGAGAAUACGUCGUCGAUCAGCGAGACCGAAAUUCCUGCCACGAGUAAUCCAAUGACGGACCGGACGAUCGUUCCUACGUCGAUACCGAGCCAAACGAUACAGUCCAAGGACGAGUUUACGACUCGGCCGAGUUUCGUCGACGAGGAAACCGACAGCAGCUCGACCAGCCUGGAUGAAGUUGAGAAAACGAUAGACGUGACGGAUUCUUGGAGCACCACGAGCGAAGAGAAUGUCGCGACGACCACGAUUAGAACGGAACAGACGAUUUCAAAGGAUUCCAAGGAUUCCUAUUUCAUGGCGAACGUUACCGAGUCCCCCGUGGAAUUCACGUCGAUACCGAACGUUUACACGACAGAUGCCACGCGAGUGGCUACUUCCAGCCCCUUUGUCCCGAUCGGUCUCGAGCCAAGGACCCCGGUUUCGAGUAGCACGAGCCCGGCAAUGCCCGUUUCCGACAUACCGUCGGUCACGGCGCACGACGCGACGGUGUUACCCGACCAGGAGGAGAUUACGUCGCUAGUUCGAAUCGACGUGGAAGGCACCUCGCUCGACGUGUGCCCACAAAUGGACAAAUUGAGGCACACCCUGGCGAACAUUUUGACGUCCGGGAUGGACAAGCCGGUAUCCGACAAACAAAUUAUUUUCCAUCAAAAUCCGUGUCAGGAGCCACCGAAUACUACGCCAUCGUCGUCCGACAUGCCCAUGAUGACCAUCUUGAUUUACGUCGUCGACGAAGUUGGCAAGUUCGACAGCACUAUGACGAAAAUGUUGCCCAGUUUGUACGAGGAUUCGCGGGACCACGUCAAGUUCCCGAUUACCAUACACAGAUUUCUUCUGGUACAGGAAAAGGGUCCAGAUUCCGGAAACGCGAUAGCGGUCGUCGUGGUCUCCUCGGUUGCCUUGAUUUGCCUGGUUCUUCUCACCGGUCUUCUGUUUAUCAUGAGGAAGAGGCAAACGAGGUUUAACUAUGGCGAACGAUGUCGUCCCGUGUCUUUAGACGCUUACAGCCUUGACAGUGUUUCCGCUUACAACAGCGUCAGACGCAAAGGCGUGACGAGAUCUUCGAAAAGAAGCUAUGGGAAUCCAACUUUCGAGGAUUCGAGCGCCAUUCCGUCUCACCCGUUGAACUUCGCGGCCCUUUCAUCCUUCUGUAACGACGUUAACGCAAUCAACGAGGAAUUCUCCGGUAUUCCACAAGUUUCAGCGAAGAUAGACGAAUUGCCUGCUGGGGCGGAAGUGAAGAACAGAUACGCGAACGUGAUACCGCUUCCGGAGACCAGAGUGCUCCUACAAAAAAUCAACAACGAUCCUCUUACGGAGUACAUCAACGCCAGUUACGUUCGGGGACCGAAGAACGCAACGAAAUAUUACGUCGCUUGCCAAGCACCGAUGGAGUCGACCGUUACCGACUUCUGGAGAAUGAUCUGGGAGCAACAGUGCAAAGUGAUCAUCAUGCUGACCGAUCUCGUGGAGAACGGGGUGGAAAAAUGCACCGAGUACAUCCCACCCUCCGAAGUUACCGACUGUCGCCGGCUAUACGGUGACUUCCAAGUUACUCUGAAAAAGAGAGAAACCAAAGAGAAAUAUGCCAUUUCCACGCUUCAUUUAAACAAUUUGGAGAAGAACACGUUCCGAGAAGUGUAUCAUAUUUGGUAUCUGUGGCCGGUGAACGGGGUGCAGUCGGACGGUGCCGGGUUAAUAGCUGUGCUUCUCGAGGCGAGGGCACUCCAAAGAGGUGGCCCUGGACCCAUUGUGGUCCACUGUAGUCCUGGCACUGGACGUACGGGAACGUUAAUAGCUCUUGACCUAGGAAUUAGACAAUAUGAGAUUACGAGGACUGUGGACGUGCCAAGGGUCGUUUACACUAUCAGACGGGACCGUGCUGGAGCUGUCAAGACGAAAGAACAAUACGCUUUUAUUUACAAGGCAUUAAAUUUGUACGCGACCAAACUUGCCGGCGGUGUGCUGGAAUCUACGUGAACCGCUCGAGAUUUCGAAGAAACGUCUGUUCAGACGUCGAGUCUAAGUCGUAGCAGAAAACUGCUUUAUCUGUGAACGAUAAACAUCACCGAAGACGAUAAGAAACCGCGAGAUUGUACGACGUACGAUAUGCCAGUUUUAUCUGGACAGGAAGCUAAUGAAAAUCGAACGGAGGAAGUUAACUUGUGAUACGUGGACCAUAGCGACGGUUGUAUCUCGCUCGAGACCUUUGUUUCGUCCUCUCGACGUCCGACAAUCUCGCCAAGAAAAUUCAAAGCAUUUCUUACCAUCCGUUCGUCUACCCCUCUCGAUCGACGUUUCGGUAUUUCUUAAGAGAACGUUGCCAUCAAAUACUAAGUUAUCAAACAGAUCUACGUCAAUUUGUAACGAAAUUUUGCGUGGUAUUUCGUCCACGUAUGAAAGCAGAAUUUUUCAAAGUGUGCAAACAAUGAUAGAACUUAAUUACAAGUAGGAAAUUCUUAAUUCGAGUAACUCAAUCGGAAUGAGACGCGAAGCAAUCACCGAUGAUCCAACGCUACCAGUCGAGUAUUACUAAAAUCGAUAUUUUAUUCUAAAUACGUCUUGACUGAGAAGAGGAGACAAAUUGGAUGGUAACGUGUUCAAGCGAAGGACGAAGAGGCGAAAAUUAAUUUGUGAUAUCCGGACCAUCCGUCAACGGUAUUCAACUUCGUAUUUCUUAGGCCUAUUCAAUUUCGUAAAGCUUUUUUUACCGUGGAUUUCGUCUCUUUUUGUCAAUAUUUUAAUAUACAUAUGUAUAUAUAUUACACGUAUUGCGUACAUAUAUUUAUAAAUAAGAUGACGAUUAGGUAUAGUUGAAUAUUUAAUGUUGAUGCGUCAUACUUCGUAGUCAAUAGCGUUAUCCCGGAAUAUGGCAAUCGCGGAAGAAUUAUUUCUUACGAUAAAAUAUUCCGCAACCGGCAUUGUAUGGCCAAACGAGAGUAAAAAAGGAAAACAAGCGAGAGAUACCUUUCUCGGAGAAUUCUGUGUGUGUAUUUAGUGUCGUCUUAACGAUGUAAAAAGAAAUAUAUGUAUGUAUACAAAAUAUGUUAAUUAUUAUUUAGUAUUGCAAUCGUUUACGACGUUACAUUUGUAAGAAUUCAGAGAAAUCGCACGAUCGACUUCUUCUUUUUUCUCUCUUCUUUUCCCAGCUAUAGAUAUGUGUAUACAUAAUAUAUAUAUAUACAUAUAUAUUACCGUAUUAUUGUUGUUAUUGUUAUUGUUGUUGUUGUCAUUGUACAGAUACUUUGAUUCGUAGCAGGUUGCUCUCUAUAAUUGUACAUAGAAACCAACCCGAAUAAUACACGGAGAAAUUAAUUGUAUCGUUAGAUUCCGUUAGAUUUUUCGUUCGUUUCGUACGCGGAAGUGUCGUGAAUUCUCGUGGAAUUACACGAGCGUGUUCGUAGUCGCACGCCAUUUUUCUCAGAGACUUCGAACACGUUUCAGGAGCGCAUCGAAUUGUCCCAUAAAUUUUGUCGGUUUCGUUAAACCCUGUUAAAGUUAGCUUCUGUGAACCAUCAGGCAUUUUCGUUUCAGCAUUUGAAAACAAUCAGAUGAUGCGACGAACGUAAACAAUCGUAUUAAUGAUUCAUUUCGACCGGUUAUUUUUGACCGACGAUCUUUCUCUGAGUGUGCCUUAAGAAAUAGGUUCUUUCGUCAAGGAUUAAUUUACUUUUGCGAAACACGCGAAUUAUACAUUUUCCGUCAUCCCGUGUAUCUUUUAAACCAAUUUGUAUGGCAAUUAUACAUGUACAGGAGUAACUGCGGCUUUUGUUGAAAUUAAAUGUUUCGUCUUUUAUUUGUAUAGAAUAUCCUCUAACGUCAGCGAAUUGUUAACCAAAAUAAUUAUUUAUUUCUAUUCUACUUUUCCAAUUUUUCGUAUUAAUAUUAUGUAAAUGUACGCAAUGUACCGUUUGUUAUGUUUACCAUCUCUCUAAACGUAAAGGCUAAUAAACUUGUAAAAUGAUCAAAUAAUUUCAAGAUCAAAUCAAAGAGAAUCAAAACCAGACGUCUAUACUGGCUUUUUAUUCGUUAGAAAUCAUCGCGAGAUGAGUGUUAAAUCGACAAAAUUUUUGGUAUAAUACUAUCAGUGUCAUGAACCGUAUGAAAGAAUAUUUUAUACGAAAAUUGCCCCCCUACUCCCCCAACCGACAGUCGAGAUUGAGCGAUUUCGCCAACUUGUAUGAAACGUCACGUAAAGAACUGGAACGAAGAGCUGAAAUUAAGCUGCGCGUGAGAAAACAAAACCAGGAAUACAGGGUUAUUUCGUAGCUUCUAUCGAGCCCGCUAUUUAAGCACAUACGUAUAGUACAUCCAUAAUAACUAACUUUGUAAUAGUACUGUAAUAUGGUAAACGAGUCGACGUAUAGUCGAGGCUACAAAGUACGUAACUCAUGGUACAUCAUCUUUCCAGAAUAUCAUCGAACAGAGACGAUAGAAAUUUUUCAAAUUGUAAAUCUAAUACGCUUCAGCGAGGAACGCGACGAACAUCGAACAUACACAUUUAUGGAAUUAAACGACAAUGACAAUUUACACGUCUAAGAGCACAGAGAUGCCCGUCAAUAUAAAAAAAAAAAAAAAAAAUAAAAAGAAAAAUUUCGUACAGUUUCGUGCGAAAGAUUCGUGCCACCUUUGAUUUUUAGUCGACUGUCUCCGAAGCAUUCGCCUCCUCCUCUGGAAAUUUCGAAGCAACGCCGCUUAAUCAAUUUUAGUUGUCGUCUCUGCGAAAUGAAAAGCGAAAUACAAUUUUUUCACAGAAACAGCCUGAGCCUCUCGCACGAUACUGUACGUCGGUGUAACAAUGCAUAAACAUUUGCCAUAGGAUAAAAGAUUAGAAACGUUCGGAUUAAUUACAUUUAGAGGACCUUUACAAAGGAUUAAGACGGUUAGGUGUCUAGAGAUUAAAAAUUCGACAUAGUCGAAGAGAAAGUAGGAAUAUUAAGCGCAAUGAUCUCAUUUGCCGAUGCUUGGAACGAAGUGAAUUCUCGAUUGAUAGUUCUUCGAUGCGAGCGAAGGAGAAAUUUCAUGCGCCACGCCAUUAUUAAUUACGAGAAUGGUUCUUAUCAAAGUUAUUUCCCGCGUGAACGAUGCGAUUGUAUUCGAGCGUUGGAAAGACGUGGGUCCCUGUUUCCUGAAUAGUAUUAUAUAAUGGAGCAAAAUAUAUAUCACGUAAUCGAUAUACGUUAGGAUUUCUGUCAUACUUAAUGUUAUAACCGCUAACUAAUAACUCGCAUUCGUCGUAAUCGUAUAGAAGACUCUGUGUGUGAUAUCGUUUUAUGUAAUAUCGAAUUGUGAAAGCCGAAGGAAGUGUCCACUUGAAAAUUCCAACAGAUUAAGAUAUAUCCGACUUACACAAAACCAGUUAACGCGCCAAAUAUACAUCUUAUUUAAUUAUAUCAAUGGUUGGAUAUAUCAAGGUUUCGUAUCGAAUUCUUCUUUACAAGUAUAUCGUCCACUUCUUCUUUCGAUUUAACGACGACAACCUCGUUGGAAGUUUCGAUUCCUGAAAUUCAAAGAACUGCUUUUUAAAGUUUGCAAAGUUUACGGAAGAUGGAAGGAUUUUAUAACGUUUAAAACGUAGUCGAUCACGGUUAAAAUAUUUUCUUUUUCCCUCAAUAUCGUAUAUCUUAUCGGUUACGAAUGACGUACAUAUCCCCAACACACUUACCUUACGCGUUAUAAGGGGAUUUCGUCCAGAAAUAUUUUAAGCUAACUCUAUUACGAAUAUCUCUUUGCCAAAGUUUAAUCGUUACUUCAAUUAAUAUAAUAUAAUAGAAAAGUAUUAGAGAGAGAUAAUAUCUCGAAUAAGUUAAUACAGUUAUUUAAGAAACUAAGUGGACAAGAUUUACAGCACAAUGCAAUGCGUGAAACCAACGUACCAAAAAAAAAAAAAAAAAAAAAAAAGAAUUUAAAUGUUCGAUUAUAAUAUAAAUGUUCAGUAUCGAUGCUAUAAGAGGAAUAUGUAUGUUUAGACCGUUUGGAGGAAGUUAGAGAAAAAUGUGGCCGCGUAACGAUACCUUCGAGAAUGACGAAUGAGCGUGUAGAAUUAAUAGAAAAACCAAUGAAAACCGAACGUGCAUGUGUCGAUAUAAAACUAUACGUGUAAUAAUAUCACAGAGAUCGAAAGCUGAUGAACGAAACACGAUAAAUAAUGGUGUUCGGUCGCGUAGUUAUCGCGACAGCUGUGUCGAUUGCACCUGCAUAGCUGGACCAACAAAAUAAAUGUAAUUGUUCGA